AUGGAUUCUUAUGAUGGUUUUGCUUCCCCCGGCAGAAGCCGCGAGGUUGACUCCUUCUCGGGACGCACCCCUGGGGAUUCUUACAGACGUCGUUCUCCAGCAUCUCAGGAUCGUCGACGGCCCCGUCCGCGCUCCCGCUCUCCUGUGAUUGAUCGCUACGAACCUUCAGACCGUCGUACUCACCGCGAGGACUUCUACAAUGGCUCUCGUGAAAGUGCCGCCCGUGAGCGCGAAGACCGCCGACGGCCCCCUUCCCCAAUGGCGGCCAACAUUGACCGUUAUGUUCCUGGACAAGAUGGCGGAAAGCGCCCCCUUCCUACCAACCCGAUGCCAAACCCUCUCAGCCUUGAUUUCCAGGUGGGAUUCAAUUGGUUUGCCGAAUGGUGGAGAGCCGAGCAAAAUGUGACCGAGGAGAGGGAGCGUGUUCAAAACGGUGGACGUCGAGUUCGAGGAGAGCGUGAGGCACGCGAGGAUCGCGAAAAGGAACGUGCGCAAAUCCAGGCGGCUUAUGAUUCAUACAAGGUUGAUCUGCAGGUCCGAUUGGCCAGGUUGUUUGUUCAACAGCACCGCAAUGAAGAAUGGUUUAAAGAGCGCUAUGUUCCCGAGAUUCGUGAUGCCCUUCGUGCUCGUCUCUUCCCUCUUCGCCAGGCUGCAUAUGAGCAGUGGCAGCGGGAUAUGGAGAACGAUGUUUUCAGAGACUUCACACUUGAAGGUCUUUACAAGAAUGACAGUGACGGUGCCGGAGGUGUGGUUGAGAAGGAAGAAGGCGAAACAACGGCUCCCACUGAAAACAUGGGUGUCCUGGAUCUGCUUCCAGUCCGUGGUGGAGAGCUUCGUGACGAAGCGCUCUCUCAGCCUGCCCUUCUUAUCAAGACACUUGCGCCGAACGUCAGCCGUACUAAGAUCGAGGAGUUCUGCAAGGAGCAUCUCGGGGAGGAGGAUGGUGGCUUCAAGGGCCUCAGCCUGAGCGAUCCAAACCCUUCCAAAAAGUUCCAUCUCGUGGAGCGAGGAGAUGGACGCGAGGAGGAGCGCGAGGAUAUGGAUCAGGAUCCAGGUGCCAAUGGAACUACAGGCCCCGUUGCUGAGAGAGCUCUUGAGGCCGUAAAUGACAAGACGAUUCACGAUGCUGUUCACGGCGACUUUGUCUGCCAUGUCGGUAUCCAUGUACCCGCGUUGCAACCACGCAAGAAAGCUCUGUGGGAUUUGUUCUCUGCACCCGAGCGAGUUGAGCGUGACCUUGAAAUGGCCAGACGGUUAGUCACCAAGUUGGACUUUGAAAUGGGCAACGUGGAUGGGCUCAGCAAGGUCGAGGAAUAUGUCGAGAACUUGCGUGGCAAGGGCGAGCUCCAGGCUCCUGCUACUGGACCAGUCAGCGUGAAACACUCAGACCCGGAAGAGGUUGAAGAAGGCGAAGAGAAGGAACCUCCUGCCGAGGAAGAGGUUGAUGACGAGGACUUGACAGCAAAGAAAAAGACUCUGGACCUGCUUGUCGAAUACCUCCGCCGCGUCUACAACUUCUGCUUCUUCUGUGUUUUCGAGAGUGAUUCGGUUCAUGAGCUUAGCCGCAAGUGCCCCGGAGGACAUCUUCGUCGCCCACGUACUGGUCUUUCCAGCCAGGCUAGGGAGGUUGCCCGAGCAAGUGCUCUUGGCCAGCCGUUCCCUGUCAAGAAAAAAGAACCUAGCGAGGAAGGAGAGGACCCCUCUUCUCCCGUUCAGGACAAGCGAUCUCAGCGGCACGGUUCUAAGUCGGAACAACAGUUGCAACGUGCCUUCAACUGGGUAAAGACUUUUGAGGACAAGCUGUUGCAGAUCCUAGAACCCGAGAACGCUGAUCUUGCAAAACUGGGUGGCAAGCCCGUGGAAGAUGCGCUUGAAGAUGAACUCCUUAAGUAUAUGAAGCAGGAAGAUGACUCCAAGUUCCGUUGCAAGGCACCCGAGUGCACUAAGCUUUUCAAAGCCCAGGAAUUCUGGCGCAAGCAUAUUGAGAAGCGUCACACCGAAUGGUUCGAAGGUAUCAAAAAAGAUCUUGCACUUGUAAACGCUUACGUCCUGGACCCAUCACGCAUUGCCCCAUCUCGAUCCGACGCCAACAGCAACGGUCAUUUCCCCCUUCCUGGCCACGGCCAGGCUGGUACACCCCGUGGCUUCAGCCUCUCUGGCAUGCCUUACAUGUCCAACAACAGCAUGGCCAACUUCCCCGCAGGUGGCAUGCCUAUGAUGGGUGCUGGCUGGAACAGCAAUGCAAUGGGCCAUGACAGCCACGGUCUGCACCAGCCCGGCGUUAUGCGCCGUGGCCAACACCGUCACAACCGUCCCGGUCCCUACGACCGUCGCCGAUUCAACGGCAACGGCAGAUUGAGCCCUCCCCGCGGCAUCUCCGGCAUGUACGGUGGUCGCCCGGCCAUAGUCCCAGCCGGCCACCCCGCCGCUAACAUGGUCCCGCCAAAUCCAUUCCCAGACUCGAUGGGCUCGAACGGCGGACCCAUGCCACCCCGCGAAGCCGUCCAAGGCCGCAGCUUGAAGAGCUAUGAGGAUCUUGACGCAGUCGACGCCUCCGGCAGCGGCGAGUUGAACUACUAG